UUCCAUCCGAUCAAUUGAAAGCUUUGGUACAUCUGGAACUCCAUAAUACGCGUUUGUUUGUUUUAUUCAGAUGUGUUCUCCAAUGUUCCAUGCCCUUUUUGUUCUCCUUUCCUUCCUUCUUCUCGGGCUUCAAUCCAUCGAUUCCGCUAUUCUUCGAUAAUCGAUUCCGGAAUUCUGGUUUCGGCCAAAACCCACUGGUAAAGCUCCUGGCUUUUGGGUCGUUUUGAUUCGUCGGAAAAUCCAGAUUUUGGGUAAAGCCCUUUGAUCUCUGUCCGAAAAUGGUGAUUUUUCUUAGGUACCCGGGAGAGUGACAUUGGUCGCUUGAUCAUAAUGCUGAGGAGAGGGAGAUUGUGAAAUUCGCCUUGACCCAUAUUGCUAGAGGCUCUUCAGGUCAGUGGAAUGAAAGGAAAAAGAAUGGAUGAAACCGAACCAGGACCAGUCCCUACGCAUAUGCCGGUGGAUAGAUUCGGGUUUCUGAAGCAGGAACAUGGCAGUUUUCCAAAGACUAGAUCGUCCGCUGAAUAUGAGAGGGAGGAGAGAAGGGUGAGAAAAUGGAGGAAGAUGAUUGGGGUUGGUGGUAGUGAUUGGAAGCAUUACGUCAGGAGAAAACCUCAUGUCGUCAAAAGGCGUAUACGGAAGGGAAUACCCGAUUGCUUAAGGGGUCUUGUUUGGCAGUUGAUCUCCGGAAGUCGGGAUCUUUUGCUUAUGAAUCCUGGUGUUUAUGAGCAACUGGUGAUUUACGAGACAUCGGCAUCUGAACUUGAUAUUAUCCGGGACAUCUCCCGUACAUUCCCAUCACAUGUUUUCUUCCAGAAGAGGCAUGGACCUGGACAGAGAUCUCUUUACAACGUCCUAAAGGCGUACUCCGUAUACGACAGAGAUGUUGGAUAUGUUCAGGGAAUGGGUUUCCUAGCCGGUCUUUUGCUUCUCUAUAUGAGCGAGGAAGAUGCCUUCUGGUUAUUAGUCGCAUUACUCAAAGGAGCUGUACAUGCCCCCAUGGAAGGUUUGUAUCAGGCUGGGCUCCCCCUUGUACAGCAAUACCUGUUUCAGUUUGAACACUUGGUAAAAGAGCUGAUGCCAAAGCUCGGAGAACAUUUUACUCAAGAAAUGAUUAACCCUAGCAUGUACGCGAGCCAGUGGUUCAUCACUGUUUUCUCGUAUUCCUUUCCUUUCCCUUUGGCUCUCCGGAUAUGGGAUGUGUUUCUCUACGAGGUAGGCGUCAAGAUCGUCUUUAAGGUUGGAUUAGCAUUGCUGAAGUAUUGCCACGACGACCUGGUGAAAUUACCGUUUGAGAAGCUCAUACAAGCUCUCCGGAAUUCCCCAGAAGAUGCAAUGGAUCCUGAUACCUUGCUUCCAUUGGCUUACUCCUUCAAGGUUUCAAAGCGUUUGGAAGAGCUUAAGCAUGAAUACGACAAGAACAACGCCAAACCACAAAAAGAAUAAUCAUUGUUGCAAAGUUGGCGGGGGGAAUUUCAUUACAGAAGCUCCUCCCCUGGUUCUGAUUCUCCCGCAAGUUGUAGAGACGAGAGAUGCUAAAUGUGUGUACAUACAGUUGAGUAGAUAAGACUGUCUUCAAUAUGAACAGAGCGCGAAUCCACGUGUCGCGCUCUUAUUCGUCCGUUUAUAGCUUUUCUCUUCCCUCGAAUCCCUUUAAAGGGUGUUGCCUGGUAGAUAGAUAUGGUUGGACAAAGAUAACUUUUUUUUUUUGGAAUUCAUUUGAAUGUAUUAUAUAAAAGCGUUUUUUAUUAAUAACAAAA